AUGACUAAGUUAAAUGGUAGCGCAACUAUUCAUCUAUUUUUAUUAUUAUCAAUAUUUUUGUUUACAUUAUCAAAUGGUUUUGUAUUACAAGAGUUACCAUUGUAUCGUGAGGAACGAAACAUGAAACAACUUGAAGCAUUUUUUGAUGCAGCUAAAAGAGGUUUUAAUUCAAGACGUAUCCACCCAUUUGCUCCAUCUUACUAUAUUCCUAGUAAUUAUCGAAGAAAAUUUGAUUCUGAAAAAUAUUCUGGUGAAAUAGCUUAA